AUGGAUCACGCGGGUCUCUACUCGAUCCGGCGCAGCGAAGACCGCGACCAGAGCGGGGUGCUCGAGCUGGACUCGCCCAGUAAAGAUGCUCGCAGGUCGUACUUCGGUCGAGCGCUGCUCGGAGCCGUCAUUGAGACGUCGUUCCUGGCACUGACCGCUACAGAUCCGACGAGGCCGGAGCGGGUUCUGGGCUUCGCAGCCUUCGACAACUCGCCGUCGGGUGAGCUGAACGACGUCUCCUGCUAUCCAGCGUUCCUCGAGAACAAGUUUGAGCUCCCACCGGCCUCAGCGUUCCUGUUCCUGACGUACUUCGCCCAGCGACAAGCAACUGCAGGCGUCGCCAGUCGCCCGCCGGUGCUCCGACACCUGCUGCACACGGUGUUCGCCACUCUGGUGAACAAGCGCUGCGUGCUGCUGGUGCUACCGGACGACGUGACUAUCGGCGAGACCGAGCCGGCGUUGGCCAAGUUUUUCGAGCGGGUGCCGACUCGCUCGACGCCUCUGGAGGCGCCCAAGGGGUCGUUAGCUGUGAUGCUGGAGUGGAAGCGACUCGAGCAGCAGUUCGCCAAGAACGCCAAGACCUUCGGCCAGUUCGCAGUCUACCAAGCCAAAGUCGACGCCUUCUACCCCUCUGUGCACGUGCGUCGGGCGAGAGUGGAGGAUCACGACGACUUGGAUCCGAUCUUGACCGCUCAAGCUGAGGCGGUGUCCUCGGCCUUCGGUGAAUACUUCCUCGCCGAGCUCAUUCAUGACCAAGACGAGCACAACGUCUGUCUAAUUGCUGAAGCUGCCACUACUGCUAAUGGAGCGGUAAAUGGCAGCGCUAACGCUGCAGGACAAGGGCGAGCUAUAGGGCUGCUCGCAAUCUCCGACCAACUGGACGUUUCCUCGUUGCAAGACAACUUCGCUCUGGGGCCGCUCAAUGACCUAGCCAAGAGCAACGCCACCGCACCGCGAGCUAGUAAGAUCACUCCGCCCAGACUCGUGAUCGCUGGACCACCCGCUGGAGGCAAAGGCACUCAGUGUGAGCUGCUAGUCGAGGCGUUCAACGUGCUGCAUCUGUCAACGGGCGACUUACUACGAGCGGCUGUAGCUUGUGGGUCCCAAUUAGGUCUACAAGUUCAGCACUUCAUGGACUCCGGGCAGCUUGUCCCGGACGAAUUGAUCGUCGACGUGGUGCUCGAGCGGCUGGGACAACCGGACUGUGAAGCUCGAGGCUGGCUGUUGGACGGAUUCCCACGUACAGCGACUCAGGCUGAGGCGUUACUAGCCGCUGGCUUCUGCCCUGACGCCGUCAUCGCGCUUGAGGUUCCUGAUGACGAAGUUGUUCGACGCAUUGCGGGACGUCGAGUGGACUCGGAAACAGGCAAGACCUAUCACCUGGAAUUCAACCCUCCGCCGCAGGACGAAGACGUGCUCGCUCGCCUUGUGCAGCGUAGCGAUGACACGGAAGCUACAAUUCGCCACCGCCUCGCUACGUUUCACCAGCAUUUAGGCUCUGUUCUCUCCACCUUCAGCAUUGCCCCAAGUCCUGGUGCAGUAGCAUCGAAGGUGGUGUCAGUGAACGGGCUCCAGUCGAAGCACGCAGUGGCGCAGCACAUUAUCGAGCAAACCCGCGCAGUCAAGACAGCGCAGAAGGUACGUUUACUGAUAAAUCGCGGUGAACUUGCCCCGCCAAACCUGGUGAUCUCGGGUCCACCCGCAGGCGGCAAAGGCACUCAAUGCGAGCAACUUGUAGCUCUGCUGGGUGUCGUCCAUCUCUCGACGGGUGAUAUCUUGCGCCAAGCUAUCCGCGACAAGUCUCCGCUGGGUAUGCAAGCUCAAAGUUUCAUGGACGGCGGCCAGCUCGUGCCGGACGAGCUGAUUGUCGACGUGGUGCUAGAUCGGAUCACCCAACCGGACUGCGAAAGCCGAGGAUGGCUACUCGAUGGGUUCCCACGCACCUCGACGCAGGCUGAUGCUUUAUUGGCAGCGCGUGGUGGCAAAGCUGCUCCUGACUGUGUACUAGUACUGGACGUUCCUGACGAAGAAGUCAUCCGCCGCAUUGCAGGACGUCGCGUCGACCCAGAAACUGGCAAAACGUAUCACGUUGAGUUCAAUCCGCCGCCUCCAGAAGUGCAGGCGCGCGUUAUCCAGCGCAGUGAUGACACCGAAGAAACGCUACGAACGCGGCUGCAAGAAUUUCACGCGCACAGCGACGGCGUGCUGGCUGCUUUUGAGGCUUAUCGAGGCGAGAACGGCGCUACUGUGCAGAUUGUUCGUGCUGACGGCCUGCAGCCAGCAACUUUGAUCGCCCAGGCGUUUAUCGCUCCGACCUUCCAGCGUGGUGCUGAGGUGGAAGCUCGCGUCCUGCAGCGCACUGGCGCUGAGAGCCUCUCGAAGCUGACAAGAGCUGAAGCGCACUCGAACUGCUUCGCCAUCACGCUGUUCUGCGUGGGUGACGAUGCGUUCGAGCGCUCGGCGUCUGCGGAUCUCCUCGUGGCUGCGUUCGCGACGUUCCCGAACCGCGACUACUGCCUGCUCACGUUGCCUACGCACGCACGGGAACCUCCGUGCCUCGCGUUCUUCUCGCGGAUAACAGCUCAGCCUGCAAGUGCCUUCACGCACGCGCUCUAUGUGCUGCAUCGAGACGCCAUCUCCUUCUUCUGUCCCCGCACAAGUGACGGUCGUAGCGUGCUCCGCCCCGUUCAGCUUGAGAUUCAGCGCUUUCUACCGAGCGGCGGCAGUCCCAAAGAGGAUGAAGCGGAGUUGGCCCCAUUGACGGCAGGGCUCGAUCGACCUACUCGCCAGUCGCUGGAUCAAGAGCUUGCUCUGGCGAACGAAGAAGCAGAAAUCGACUUGGAAGACUCCCCACGACGUGCAGUCUUCCUUGUACGUGCAAACGGCCACGUCGUCGGACUAGCAGCGCUUGCUCGUCAACCUGAGGUAGCGAGCUUGUUGCCGCACCACUUCGACAUCGACCGCGUGGCGCGCAUGGAGUUCCACCGCGCGAAGGAUUUGGCUUUCGUUCGUCACCUGGUCCUCAACCCGAUCUUUGCGUCUUGCUCGCGCUACGUGCUGCUCGAGUUGAUGCGUCAUUUCCGCAAGACGUGCCUUAUCUACCAGGUACCGACGGGGCUUGGAUCGAAGACGACAAAUCUACCAGCUCAAAUAUCGUUUAGUGCUGCACUCGAGGAGUUUGUGCUUGCUCCUCCUCGACGAGAAGUCGGCGACGACGUGAAGGACGAACGAGAGCGGAUACGACGAGCUUCAGUUUGCGCUGCGUUCGCGCUGUUCGUGCUGCCGAAACGACUGCUGUCCGAGCCGAAGAUGACCAUCAACCAGCGUGUGGUGCUUGUGGGGGCCUCGGACGCGGCGCUGAGUUGCUUGGCUCGACUUCUGGCGACUCCGUACUUGCACUUCUCCAACCUCACGCUCAUUUCUCCGCAUGGUCUGACUGUGGCGCCCAUGGAUGAAGGUGAAGACGACACAAUGACGCCUCGAGCCUCGGACUUUGCUCGCAAAAGCUCCUUCACAGCUGUGGAGCUUGAACAGUAUAGCCUGCGAACUCACGUGCGUGUUGUCGAGAGCCGAAUGGUGCGUGUAGACCGUGAGACUCGAGCUGUGGUUCUUCAGGACGGAUCGUGUAUUCCGUACGACUACUUAGCGCUCACCACGGGUCUACAGGAUGGUACAUGCACAGCGCUUGGACGCCUGCCUCGAUUCGUGGAUGAAGACUUGGUGGCAGCUGGAGGCAACGUGACAAGUGCGACGUACUACCCACCUGUCAUUCCGAAGCAAAUGAUGGCCUUGGGCGACUUACCGACAGCUCAAAAACUUCACGCAGCGCUGCAGAAGACAUUCACUGACGAUCAGGAACAGCCUGGGAGCAAUAUUCUGGUCUACGGCAGGUCGUUGCUUGUGUUGCAAGUGAUCCAGGCGCUGCUUGUUCGCGGAGUUCACGCAAGUCGCAUCCACCAUAUCUCACCAGCUCGAGACAACGGAGGCGGCGUCUUCGAAGAUACAGUCGUCCGCUCCGAGAUGGAGAAGCAGUAUGCCAUGAACGGGAUCUCGCUUCAUGCCGCCACCAAGAUCAUUGGUAUCGAGACAGCCCCUGGCAAUGUCGAUGUACUGGAAGGUCUGGUACCUUGCGCGUGGCUGCUCUGCUGCCAGCAUAACGACGCCGACGCCGACAUUUUCCGUGCCGUGAACGAAAGCGGGCUGGUGUACGACGGACGCCUCGUUGUGGACGGCCACAUGCGCACGACGGACGCGCACGUUCUGGGGGCGGGCUCCUUGUGCCGCUUCUCGAGGCGCUUUAUCGCUGCCAAACUGCACGAGAACUACAGCAGCCGCGAAGGUGGUGAGCUGCUCGCUCGCUCGCUACUGCAGCUCCUCGACCCGUUGGCAGUCUACGAGGCUCCUUCCGAAGUCCACCCGUUGCCUGCCCACCACGCGCAACCAACAACAAAGACCCCAAUGGUUCCGCCGCCAGAAAUGGAGCUCCCCGUCGUCCGCUGCGCUGUGGUCUUGGGCGGCAAGCACUACGUGCAGAUCAGCGCCCCGGCGCUCACCAACACGCUGGCGCUUCAAGCCUUGUCCACCAACACGGCGUCACGCGGGGGCAAGGAGGUGAGUCUCAUCGGCAGCGAAACGUUCGAGAUGGAGAUGGCGUCGCACCACUCGCGUCCUGCCACGGGGGCGUCCUCGUCCAGCCGACCGACGCGCUACACGUGCCUGCUCUUCGACGACGUGGGGGUGCUGAAUCGGCUCGAAUACUUGGGCGACGGCGCCGUGCCCGUGCGAGACCUGCAGAACCUCGUGGGGCUGCACGAGGCGUAUCUGAACAGCGCGCUGGCCUCCUACGCAGCAGGCAAGGUGCAGGACUGGGUGGCGUUCUUCGCACACCCGUGGGCGAGCGCCCUGUACCACGACCGCUUCCCGGCGUUCCGGGCCAAGCUUCGGACGUUGUUGGCCAAGGACGACGGCGUGCGCGCCAUUGCGGACGACGCGGCGGCGUUCAUGAGGGAGACGGGGGACACCAAGGGGGCGAUGGCAUUGGCGCAGGAGCGCGUCGGUCGAGGGGGCAGCGCGCUCGAGCCGUCCACAAGGCGGUUGGUGGAGAGCCAAGUGCUCGAGUUCCUGGGCAGCAACCGAGACGUGCUCAACAUGUUCCUGCUGCCGAAAGGAGGAGGAGGCGGCGGUGCGCGACCUGGCAGCAAGUGA